UCCGGCCACCUCAGCGGGAAAAGGAGACGCAAGCAGCUGGAUCUUCGGGAACUGAGAUAGGGGUAUAACUGUUAUCGGGGCGGAGAAAGUGAGGACCGACGCCAGCGGUCGCCCAGGACAGUAUUGGGUCCCUGUAGCUUGUGAAGAUGGUGUUGCUAACGAUGAUCGCCCGAGUGGCGGACGGGCUCCCGCUGGCCGCCUCGAUGCAGGAGGACGAACAGUCUGGCCGGGACCUUCAACAGUACCAGAGUCAGGCUAAGCUACUCUUUCGAAAGUUGAAUGAACAGUCUCCUACCAGAUGUACCUUGGAAGCAGGAGCCAUGACUUUUCACUACAUUAUUGAGCAGGGGGUAUGUUAUUUGGUUUUGUGUGAAGCUGCCUUCCCUAAGAAGUUGGCUUUUGCCUACCUAGAAGAUCUGCACUCAGAAUUUGAUGAACAGCAUGGGAAGAAAGUGCCCACUGUGUCUAGACCCUAUUCCUUUAUUGAGUUUGAUACCUUCAUUCAGAAAACCAAGAAGCUCUACAUUGACAGUCGUGCUCGAAGAAACCUAGGCUCCAUCAACACUGAAUUGCAAGAUGUGCAGAGGAUUAUGGUGGCCAAUAUUGAAGAAGUAUUACAACGAGGAGAAGCACUCUCAGCGUUGGAUUCAAAAGCUAACAAUUUGUCCAGUCUGUCCAAGAAAUACCGCCAGGAUGCGAAGUACCUGAACAUGCGUUCUACUUACGCCAAACUUGCAGCAGUAGCUGUAUUUUUCGUUAUGUUAAUAGUGUAUGUGCGAUUCUGGUGGCUGUGAAGUAGCGAACCCAGUCACUGGAAAGGGAGAACCUAGAACCCAGCAGGUGUAUGUUUUCAGGAAGCUGAGUUCACACAGAUGUGUAUUAGAAUCCAAGUUGAACUUCUGCCUCUAAAGACUUUCCAAGAAAAGACGUCCUGAAAAUGAAAGUUUACACCUCAUUUAAUGAAGCUUAACCCUAUGUAGAAGGUCUCUCUUGGGGGUGGAGGCUUUCUCUGGGUGCUAAGCCAUAUACGUUAGGGAACAGUAGAUUGUUUUAUUUUUUCCCUCCCAGUACAUUUUUAAAACCACAUUAACUGGGUCAUUCUCAUUCUCUAAUGGAGCCAUCAGUGAGAUUUAGCUUAGCCAACCUGUGCUAGCAGUAUUUUGAAAUUCCUUCAGAGAAGGCAUUCUUUGGGAAGCUUUUUGACUCUAAUCAACAUUCCUUUUGUUGGUGACAUUUGUGAUUUUUAGUAAUCUGAGUUUUUGAUGGCCUUUUGAACAAGACUCCAGUAUGUGAAGGUUAAUUGCUGUGCUGCACAGAUCCUGUCUAUUGGCCCCUGUAGGAAGUUAACCUUUGUUGUUUUAUUUUUAUGAUAUUUUGCUUAUUGCACAAUUGCUUUAGGGUUAAAUGAAUUAUAUUAAGAUGCCUUGAAAUUAUAUUAUAGCACUCCUUGAUUAAGAAGCUAAAAUGUUUUCUCUCAUUUAUUUCUUAAAGACUUACAUUUGUUUGGGACAUUAUUAAUGUUAUUUUGCAGCAUCUGGUUUAAAUUAAUGUAAGGGUGAGUAUAGCAUAUGGAUAGCCAGAGGCUCAUGGCUUAAUGAGAAGAAAGGCCCAGCUCAUAACUACAGCUUUGUCCUGUCCUUUCCUCAUUUUUACCACUUUUACAGUUUUCCCCACUCUUUGUUUUCCCCUGUCAUAAUUUGCUUAAAUUUUAAAAAUUCCCCUGUGCCCAGUAGUUUCAUGUCCCAUAAACGUCCUCUUAGGAUAUUCUCAAAUUUCAAAAUGGAACAUGUUUAGCUAAAGUUUUUGCAGAUCAGCUACUCAAACUACUAAAUACAUUUAUCUGAGAAAGUCUCUGAGAGCACCUCAUUCCUAUUUCAGCUUAUGUAAAUUCUCUGAGUAAGUUCUAGAGAUAGGUAACUCAUUUACUGUGGCUUCUGUUACUAAUAAAAGUACCUAUGAGUUUUUCCAUUUUGCUCAGGGAUGAUAGGCAUUUCCUUUUACCUUCUGAAGUGGAAUUUUUUCAAUAUGGAGAGUAGGGCUUUUAAAUAUUGUUGCAAGGGUCUACAAUGUAACCUAUAACUUCUGCAUAUACUGCAAAUAUUUCUGUAAGUUGUACAGAAAAAAUGAGCCAACUUCUUAUUUCUUACAUCUCUGGAAAGAACUUUAACCAGUAAGCAAUUUUAUAACCCUAAGGGAUCAUCACAGCUACUGUCCUGAUUCCUGGUAGAGAAAAAAGCCCUUAUUUCCUAUGACAAGGCAAGGAGAAAUGCUUAUUUUAUUUCUGAUAAUUUACAGAACUAGAGUAAAUUCUUUUCUUUCUAUUAUGGACCUAGAUCUGCCAAUUGGAGUUUUGUGCAUGAAAUAUGAAGUUGCUUUUUAUAGAGACUGAGUGCUUUUAAGUACCUUGUCUUAAAGGCUUGUCUCUAAGUAGUAAUGUUAGUAAGAAAAGCCUUUGAGAGGCUGAAAACCUAAGUAAUGGUACCAUAGCAUUCGGUGCUUCUAUAGGAGUAGAGAGUGGCAGCUCACUGUUGAGAGUUGCAUGCUAAUGGUCAGCAAUGAAAUAAAUAAUUCUAGAAUGUUC